CCUUUGCCUUCCCAAUAAAUAGUAAAUAUUAAAAAAAUCUCCGCUUGUAAGUUUAAUGUUGAUAUUUCAAAGUUAUCUCAGUUUUCCAAUAAAAGUACUUAUUUAAGGGCUUCUUGUAGCUUUAUUCAAAUGUUAUAUAUGAAUUGUUUAAAAAGAUUAUAUUCUGCAAAUAAAAAUGAUAUGACAUCUUUGGCUUUAUACAAAUACCUAUUACGUGAAUGUGAAAGAUUACCACCUGACGCUUGUAAACAUUAUAAAUUCGCUGUAAAGCAGAGUUUUAAACAACAUAAAUUUGAACCAGACACACAAAGAGUAAAAGAAAUUAUAGCAAAGAGCAUUGAGGAUGCUAAAUGGGUUGUAACGAAGUAUGUGAAACAAUAAUGGAUAUACUGAAGUUAUACAUUUGUAUGGAUAAAGUGGAAAGAAAGAAUAAUUUCAUUCAUGAUAUGCGUAUUUUGUAGAUAAUAGAAUAUGUUUGGUGAAAAAAUUGAAGACUAUGAAAUAUUUGAACAAUUAGGAAAGGGGGAUUUGCACAUGUUUAUAGAGCAAGAUGUCGCAGAACAGGCCAAUUUGUUGCUAUCAAAAUGAUAGACAAAGCACUCAUGGCAAGUGCAGGCAUGAUAGGAAGAGUAAGACAAGAAGUCACAAUACAUUCUCGCCUGAAGCAUCCUGCUAUAUUAGAGUUAUACACGUUUUUUGAAGAUAUGCACUAUGUCUAUUUAGUUUUAGAACUUGCACAUAAUGGUGAGUUAGCCAAACAUUUUAAACUUGGAACUCGUGGUUUGUCAGAGAAAGCAGCUGCUGAUAUUUUGAAACAAGUUCUUAGUGGAGUGCUCUAUUUGCAUACUCAUAAUAUUAUUCAUAGAGAUUUAUCUUUAAAUAAUUUACUGUUAACAAAGGAUUUAAUUGUAAAAAUAGCAGAUUUUGGUUUAGCUACACAGUUAAAUGGACCAGAUGAGAAACAUGUAACCAUGUGUGGUACGCCUAAUUAUAUAUCUCCAGAAGUAGCAUCAAGAGAAGUACAUGGAUUGCCAGCUGAUGUUUGGGGGUUAGGGUGUAUGUUGUUCACCCUACUAGUUGGAAGUCCUCCAUUUCACACACAGCAUGUUAAAACUACUCUUAAUAAAGUUAUUAAUGCUGAUUAUAAAAUACCAUCAGAGCUGUCAUUAGAAGCACAAGAUCUAUUACAAAGACUCUUAUGUAAAGACCCCACCAAAAGAAUAACAUUAAAAGGUAUUAUUGAGCACCCUUUUCUUAGUUAUAAUGUCCAGAAACAGGAAUUCUCCAGAGAUUCUGGGUUUCUUACUACUAUGCACAGUACACAACAUAGCAGCAAACUUAAAGCUGAAGAAAUUUUAAAUGUUGAUUAUCUUCAUGGAUGUAAGGACCACAACAUUGCUAAAGAUUUUAAACCAACAUCAUUUAAUGUUUUAAAUGGGAUUCAAGAAAAUAGUAAUGUAUAUCAAAAUCAAGAGGAAAGACAUAAUCGAAAUUUUAAUGUUGAACCAGUUUUUACAGAAGUUAUACCCAAUGUGAAUACUAAUACCAAUAUGUAUCUCAAAAAAUAUGAUAGUGCAUGUAGCAGUAAUUCAGAUUUAUUAGAAAAUAUUAAGCAACUAGACAUAAGAACCGAAGCUCCCCGAAAAAAUCCAAGCAUUAAUAGCCAUGAUGAAAACAAAACUAAAAGUUGCAAUGUUAAUACUAAUAUGUUGAAUGUUCCUCCUCUUUGUGCCAAUAGACUGCCAACAAUUUCACAUCGAACGCGAAAUGCCAUCCUUAAAAUCGAACCAAAUGCAGUAGUUGUAGAAUUUUUGAAAAAAACAGGAAAGAAUAGAGAAGAAAAAGUUAUGGAAAUAUGUAAAAUAUCUAAAGAUGGCAUGAAAAUAAUUAUUUUUUCUGUGGACAAAAAUAAUAAGAAGAAUAUUGAUAUCAACCGUGAUCCUAAUCCAGAUGAAGUAUUUUCCUAUCACAAUUUACCACAAAAACACUGGAAAAAGUACUUAUAUGCAUCUCGUUUUGUUGAUCUAGUCAAAGCCAAAACACCAAAAAUUACCCUCUACACUUCAUUGGCUAAAUGUCAAUUAAUGGAAAAUGGCACAGAUUUUGAGUUAUUUUUUUAUAAUGGAGAGAAAGUAACAAGCACCCUUAAUGAAGGAAUAAAAAUAAUUGACAAAUUUUCAAAAAUACAUCACAAUGGUGCUUCGGUUCCAGACUUAAAAUAUGUGUUAGAACAUUUUGAAGAGUGUUCUAAUCGUAUAAAACGCAUACAAACAGCAUUAUCGUGUAUAUCUGAUGAAUGUUAUCCUCUCAUUAUUGGAAAAAGACCUAUUCAAACUGUUAACAAUGUACUAUCCCCCAAGCAUUCUUCAGUCAAUGUAGACUACAAUACACCAGUUCUUAACAUUGGCUCCUUUCAUAGAACGAUAGCUAGUUCAUGUCAAGCACAAAGUGACAUAGGUAUUUUAAAAAAUAUGUGACAUAAACAUAUGUUUAUCUUAUUAGAAUUUAACUUAUGUACCUUUAUAUUAAGAGUAGCAAAUAUUUUGUUUGCCUAAUAUAUUGAUACAAGACAAAUUCACUUUGAACGCUUUAUUAUUGUUAGUUUGUAACAUGUAUAAAAUAAUAAUUUAUAUAGAUCAA